GGGCAGUUCAUAACAUUCAACAUGUCUGCCGCCAUAUCUUCCCUCGCUUCUUACGGUAGCGAUUCUGAUUCUGAAAAUGAGUCAGAGUCCAGUACCAGUGUCAGGAAAGUUGACUCGGUGGAACCGGACGCUACGGCUCAUCUUAAACCUUUACAGAGUGGAUCCGCAAUGUCUUUGUCUGUUUUAAAUUCGGCCCCUGAGGUCGCCGUUAAGGAGUCUGUCGAAACUGGCACACACUUGGACCCUUCACUAAAAGAAGUCUCCUAUAACCCAACAUUUGAAACCAUGUUUGCACCCGAGUUUGGGCCAGUAAACCCAUAUAGGACCCAGCAGAUGGCUGCUCCCAGAAACAUGUUAUCUGGCUAUGCAGAACCUGCUCACGUCAAUGACUUUAUGUUUGAACAGCAAAGAAGGACAUUCUCCUCAUUUGGUUAUGCUUUAGAUCCUUCUGUUGACACACACCAGUUAUCCUCCACCAGCUACAUUGGUGCAGUGGAUGAGGCUGAGAAAAACAAAGGACUGACUGUGUUUGAAACUGGUCAGAAGAAGUCGGAGAAACGAAAGAAGGUCAAAGGUGGAGAUGCAGGAGAAAUUGACAGCUUCCUUGGGCCAUGGGCGAAAUAUGUGGAUGAGAAAGAUGUGGCCAAACCUUCAGAGGAAGAGCAAAAAGAACUGGAUGAAAUCACAGCCAAAAGGCAGAAGAAAGGAAAGAAUGAAGAAGAGGCUCCUGGAGAGGAGAAGACCAUUCUCCAUGUUAAAGAGAUGUAUGACUACCAGGGCAGGUCAUACCUUCAUGUCCCACAGGAUGUGGGCAUCAACUUGCGGUCCCCGGAUGCUCCGGAUAAAUGUUACCUCCCAAAGAAACAGAUUCAUGUCUGGUCUGGACACACCAAGGGUGUCAGUGCUAUCCGAUUAUUCCCCAACUCUGGUCAUCUGCUGCUCUCCUGCUCCAUGGACUGUAAGAUCAAGUUGUGGGAGGUGUAUGGCGAGCGGAGGUGUCUUCGUACAUUUAUCGGUCACAGCAAAGCAGUGCGAGACAUUUGCUUCAAUAACACUGGAACCCAGUUUCUCAGCGCAGCGUAUGAUCGAUACCUUAAACUGUGGGACUCCGAGACAGGCCAGUGUAUCGCCCGCUUCACCAACAGGAAGGUGCCAUACUGCGUCAAGUUCAACCCAGACGAAGACAAGCAGAAUCUUUUUGUGGCUGGCAUGUCGGAUAAAAAGAUUGUUCAGUGGGACAUCAGGACAGGCGAGGUGGUUCAGGAGUACGAUCGCCACCUGGGUGCUGUCAACACCAUCACCUUUGUUGAUGAGAACCGCCGGUUUGUCAGCACGUCAGACGACAAGAGUCUUCGAGUUUGGGAGUGGGACAUCCCAGUGGACUUCAAGUACAUCGCUGAGCCCAGUAUGCACUCGAUGCCAGCUGUGACACUAUCUCCCAAUGGUAAAUGGCUGGCAUGUCAGUCUAUGGAUAACCAGAUUCUUAUCUUUGGAGCCCAGAACCGCUUCAGACUGAACAAAAAGAAAGUCUUCAAGGGCCACAUGGUGGCCGGCUAUGCCUGCCAGGUGGACUUCUCUCCAGACAUGAGCUACGUAGUGUCAGGGGAUGCAGAUGGAAAGCUCAACAUCUGGGACUGGAAGACCACCAAGCUCUACCACAGGAUCAAGGCUCACGAUAAGGUGUGCAUCAGCGCCCUGUGGCAUCCGCACGAAACAUCCAAGGUGAUCACAUGUGGAUGGGAUGGACAGAUUAAACUCUGGGACUAAGAUCUACUCUGGACUGUGGCUUCCUACGUCUGACCUGCAGACUCCCUGAAACUGUUGGAGUGAAAGCCAUCGGGCUGGUAUCCAGUCUUAUUGCAGAAGUGUAUUUUUUUUACCCU